AUGGCGAGGCACCGGGGCGUCACCUCUUUGGUGGCACUAGCACUGCUAGCAUGCUUAGCUAGGACUCAGGUAGUAACUCAGGGCAAAUGGCUGUCGAGUUCUUCCAUCGUCAUUCCGUCAGUUGACCUUCCUCCAUUAGAGAAAGGCGGCGCCGAUGGCCGCGACGGCCAAGACGGCAGCUAUGGCCGCGAUGGCAGCGAUGGCCGCGACGGUGGCAGAGGUGGCGCCAUCGGCCAAGACGGCCAAGACGGCCACGAUGGCAGCGCUGGUGGCGGCGGAGGAGGAGGCGGCGGCGGCGGGGGCGGCGGCGGCAAUGGAGGCCACGGCGGCAACGGCGACAAUGGUGGCCACGGCGAUAAUGGUGGCAACGGCGGCAAUGGUGGCCACGGCGGCGAUGGUGGCCACGGCGGCAAUGGCGGCAACGGCGGCAACGGCGGCAAUGGUGGCCACGGCGGCUUGGCCACGUCUUCUACAGCGGCCACGGCGCCCACCGGCGCCACGGUGGACACCGCGGACACCGGGGCGACCGCGGUUAUUGACCACACGCGGUCCACAUGGUGA